AUGCUGCGUCCCAUCCUUAUUUGCCUGCUAGCUCUGCGCCCUAGUGCUGUGUGCUACCAUCGCCUCCCCUUUCACAGCGUCACAGUGCCACCGUGGUGCGGGGAGGGAGGGCGGUGGGAUGACGCACGGCAGGCAGUCACAGCGGUGUGCGAGCCUCCUGGAAGCCUCACGCCACUGUCCUGCAAGCACCCCCAUACGGCUAAGUUCCCUCUCCCUUCGCCCUUGCCAUCCUUACCGCUUCUGUUUCGUGUUUAUCAUUGUCCACCAGAGCAGCAGAUCAAACGGGGAGGCAUGGUGAUGCAAGGUACACAGCAACGCAUACCACAUCGCAGAGCUGUCAGGCUGGCAGACAAGAGGAGAGCUGCAUUCCACUCCGCGCUCACAGCAGCUCUCCACCGUAUCCAUGCUGACUUCCUCGCUCACGUUUUCCCUCCUGCGCCGCAGUCACAGCCCACUUUGCAUCUCCACCCAUCCGUGCCACAGUCGCGCCGUCAGGCCUCUCCUGUUGCCGCAGCUUCUGGGCGGGGCUUGCGAGGAGAGGAGAGCCAACAUGGGGCAGUUGGUGCAGCGGAGGUGGGGAGCGAGGAGAAGGAUGAGGAUGAGGACGAGGACGAAGGCAGUACAGUGCAGAGAGAGAGAAGGAUGAAGGGAAAGAGGCGCCUUGAAACAGCGGGAGAUGACAUUGAAGAGAAUGGUCAAGGGACGGAGGGGGAUGGGAAGAAGCAGGGGCGCUCUGGUGUGAAGCAGAGUGCGGACAGCGUGGCAUGGCAUGUGGACUUUCCGUUUGAAGACAUCUCAGUGUCUAUGCUGCUUGCUGAAGCGGCCUCCUUCCAUUCCUCUCAGCAUACUGAUGCUCAUACGCAUGCUGGGCAGGGGAGAGGUGGGAAGGGAGGGAAGGGGAAACAGCAGAGGGAGGCAUUCGUUGGGAGGCAGAGCAAGCAACGGAGGAAAGGAGGGGCAGCUGGGGAUGAGUCUGCUAAGACUGGAGAGGUGGAGGAAGGUGCAAUGGAGGGUGGGGAAGGGGCAGAGAAGGGUGGGAAGAAAAGAGGCGAUGGUGGUUGUGGUGGCGAUGAGGGGUGGGAUGAUGAGACGGGCAUUGGGGCACAACGAUACACACCUCCCUGUCCGCCCAGGCAGCUCAAGAAAGUGCCUUCUUGCAAUGUGAUUGCUGCUGCGACAGCACGGAGCCCAUCCCUCCUCUCCCACCUCGCUUCCUCCACUCCCCACGAUUCCUGCGCUGCAGCAGCACGGCAGUCAGCAUGCCAACACCGGUCAACAGCGCUCCUCGUGCUUGCACUCACUGUGUGUGGCUCCCUGUGCUGCUGCCUGCAGGAGCGUGCUGGCUCUAUAUGCUGCACCGGCCUUGCUGCCUGCAGGGGCGUGCUGGCUCUAUAUGCUGCACCGGCCUUGCUGCCUGCAGGGGCGUGCUGGCUCUAUAUGCUGCACCGGCCUUGCUGUUCCAAGGAGAGGCAGUGGAGGGAGGAGGCGCAUGGAGGGGCGGCAGUGGGAUGGUGCAAGCCAGGCACUCGCAACGGUGGCUGCAGGAGCCUGGCAGUCAACUCAAGUCCCCAACAACCACGCCUGUGCCAUGCCAUUGUGUCCGAGCUCAUCGCCUGCCCUCUGCCCUCUGCCCUCUGCCCGAAGCUAAUCUCUUCGCAACUCCGUCUCGCCGUGCCUUUCCCCCCAUCGGGCCAAUGGCUCGCUGCUCUAGUGCCGUGGGCCACUGUCGCCAUGCGCCUUCCCCGUUCCCCCCUCCCACCCCUCGAUUCUCGCUGGUGA